AAAUAUGUCAAUAAGUAUUUGAAGUGAAGAUAAGUGAUUUGCUUGACAACAACUCUUUCCAAAGACUUAUCUUCAAUAUAUUGAUGAUAAAAGUGCUAACCUACAACAGAAGGAGAAGAGAGGAAUCCCUCCUAAAAAUGAGAAAUCUGAGGUCCAUUUUGAAAUGAAGCUGCCUUUUUGUUACAACUGCAUGCCAAAUGAGAAAAUCAAGUUGAUUAGAAAUAAGUUCGAAGUCCCGGAGAUUUCAGAAGAUAUCUUUCAUAAAACUGAAGAUUCACAUGGUAAAUCAACCAAGUUGUUAUUACCCCCUUCAAAAGUUUCAAAGAGUAAACAAAGAAACACUUCUGCUCAUUUGAAUAAAUCUAAUUGAUGAAUUUCUCAGGGAGCCGGAAUAGGAGGAAUAAGCCCAGUUCCACAAGCAGCCUCUCCAGCCUUAAAGCCCAUUCACCACGAACAAAUGAGUAGAAAUCCAAGAACUGUAAACCUGGGAGGAAGUACUAUUGAGCGUAAAACUGUGAAGGAAGUCAGGAAUAGAUCUAGGAGUCAUAGAAGAACGGUGAUGAAAUCCUUCAGGAAGCUAGAGAUGAUUAGACACGAUCUUGAGGAGCAGAGAGCUAAAGAUAAAUUUUUUAAUGUUACCUCAGACCAAACAGCAUGAUGGCCAAGUACUGAGAACCUGAGUAAUCUCUAUAGGCGGCUUAGUAAUAAAAGGGAUGGAAGUGUCCAUAACCAAGAAAAUCCUCAGCUUCAUAAAAGCCAUAAUGUGUUUUAUUUUAAGGAACUUGAUAAGAGCAAAAGUGGCAAUAUAGCUAAACCUUCAAAAGGAAAUAAAUUUAAGAUUAUAAAGGUUAAGAGAAAGACAGAUUUGGGCAUGAACUCAAAAUCUAAUAGCAAACACUUGACAAAGCUUACAAAGAUGAGGAGAAAGAGCAUAUCGAGUUCUUCUGAAAGUUUUUCUUACAAAGAAAACUCUAAUGAAAAGGCCAAUGCUAAAAUUAAGGAGAGUAGGAUACCCACAUUAAGUACAAACCAGAUGACAAUGAGUACUCAAGGAUUUUUGAAUAUUCCAGUUAUAAAUAUGGAAAAUUCAAAAACUCCGACCAAUCGAAAUUCUCAUAAGGCAAAAGAUCUUUGCAGCAACCCCUUGGUUAAAAAUCAUUCUUCAAGGAACACUAGCUCCAUCAUUGGAAGGAGGAUGGGGGAGCACCUAUCUGUAGUAGGCCCUCAAAAUACUAAAAUUUCUGCUGACUGAAGUAAAAGUGCAACUGUGAAGAAGUGUCCAAACCCUAGAAAAUUUAGUUUCUUACAAGUUGAGACUAACAACCAAUCUUCAAGAAUUAAGAAUCCUCCAAAGUCUCAACUAAAACCAGACUUGAAGCCUAUCAAGAAACCUAAGAAAACUUGUGUGGUCAAUGAGAUCUUUUAUUCGAUGUUAAGAGUGGAUGACUUGAUAUCUUCUCAGCCAGCUUCUUCUGAAACACACAAGCAGAUGACUGCAAUUAAGUCUUACCUUGGGAGAUAUUCGGAUCUCUUUAAGAAAACUCAAAGUGAAUUGCUCCAAAUUGAAGUGAGAGAAGCAGAUGACUUAUCUCAACUCAGCCAGUUCUUUGAUAGAAUAAGGAAAGAACUUGACUCUAAAGAAGAACUUCUUAAGGCUAAAUACAAAAGUAUGGUGAACUCUUAUGAAACUUCACUCAGCAUGGACUUGGAGUUCCUUGAAACUAAAUGAAGACACUUAUGAGAAGUCAUUGACUCAAACUCUCAAAAAUUACAAACUUUUACAAAGAUGAAGUAAGGAGACAUCUUCAUACUUUAGACCAAACAGUUCUGAAGAAAUCAUGAACAGUUACAACCUAGAGUCAAUCUUAUUGAAAGAAAAAGCAGGGACUUAUAAGCUCUCGCACAAAGACUUUACUGUUCAAGCUGAGACUUCAUUCCAGUGCCCAACUGUAGAAUGUAACUUCAGAAAAGUUAGAGAUCUCAUCAAUGAAAUCAAUGUGAUUUCUCACUCAAAUCCUGAGUGUUCCAACUCCAGUCGAGAAACCUUAGGAAGUGCGAAGAAGCUGGAGAAUACUAGCAAAGGUCCAGAUACAGACUGCAAAACUCACUACAGUGUUAGACUAGAUGUAGAGCACAUGGAUAAAAAUGAGAGUUUGGAAAUUUCUGCUGAAAACAAAAGGAAAUACAUUAGACACUAAUUUACUUCAAGGGCUUAAUCAGGGCAUCAAUAUUAUUAGGAAAGAGGGAAAUAAUGCUUAAACUCUCAUUGCUGAUGGGUAAUAAUCUAAUUACGUUCUAUUUUA